AAUCAGAUUAACUUUUUGGUCUGUUAUUGACGUUGAACAAGCAUCAAUAGUGCUGGACACCAAUUUUUAGACUAGUAUACUAGAUUAAAUUAUCCAUUUGUUGCUGACCUGUUCUGACCAGAUCUUGAUUUGAAAGCAUUGGUAGGUUGUGAGUUGAGAGGGUACCCUCUGAGUCAUAUUCGGAUUUGCAGUAAACCUUAUUUAUUUAUUGCAGUAGACCUGUUUAUCUAAUGCCGCAGAUUAUGUUAACUUUUCAUGUAAGACAUAAGGUUCAAAAUGGUACUUAUAAUGGUUCCAAGAAUUAGGAGCAUGGGCGGGCAUACAAUGUGAUGGAUAAUCGCCUUCUCAAAGAGCUGGUUCUUAUAUGUUGGUAAACAAGGCUCAGCCUUCCACCUCUCCUUUCUCCUAGCUUUCUACUUGAGAGAGGAGGUGAGCAUCUAUAGUGAUUUCUCAGUUACCUUUCAAGCAUUGUUCCUUCUCCUUUUCUUCUUCGCUUUUUGUGUACGGAUUUAUUUUUGUAUGAAUAUUCAUGCAACAAGGGUGACUUCUAAAAAUUGUUCUUCUCUUCUUUGCAUGCCAUCUUCUCUAGCAAUAGGCGAGACAUAUGUGGAAGGUCUGCUACAUUGCUGGCACCUGAGCUGCAUUCAUUGUAAGUUGGAGAGGUCAUCACCAUCGGAGAAGAGGCGCGGGGAUCUUCUCCUCUUUUUUGUGUGCAUGUAUAUUAAUGAGAUGAUGGGCAAGUUGUGAAAUUACUCUUCUUCUCUUCUUUGCGUGUCAGCUUCUCUAGCAAUAGGCGAGGAACUUCUGGAAGUGAAUUCAUAGGAUUUGGAGGCUCAUGAUAGUUUCAAGAUAAAGAUGGUAUCGAUAAAGGUAUCUGCCCUUGCUUAUACUUUUGUAGAAUGGGAGGCACCAUCAACUGACUGCUUUUGCCUCCAUAAUAUUGUGUAAUAAUUGUAAAGUAACUGGUUGACAUGAAAUGGCGACCAGUGUUGGUCAGACUUAUUAUGGAUGGUCACAGGAGGAGUUAUCUGAUCGAGAUGAUUCUCAAGAAGCUUCGGUCUCGCAAAUGCUUGAUCAUGGUUCUAUAUCCUUUGGAAGAUUUGCAGCUGAGUCAUUGUCAUGGGAGAAAAGGUCAGUGUUUACUCACGACAGACGCCAGGAGGAACUGGACAAGUUUAGUGGCUUAGUUGCCAAAAAGAAAGCAUACUUUGAAGAAUACUACAGAAGGCUUCGAGCUUUAAAGGCCUUGGAACAGAACCAGCAAACUGAGCUCACAUUGGAUUAUGGUGGUGAUGGUAGUAAUUCUAGCCAAACUGGAGAAGAUGAUGAAACAGCUCUGCAGCAUGGAAGUCUUAGAGAUGGGGCAGCAGAAACUAUUGAUGCCCCUUCUACAGAAACUGAAAAUGAACUAAACUUCAAGCAGGAUACGAAGUGCAGUCAAGCUCUUCAAACUAGACCGCUGUAUCCAGGAUCCACAACAUCAAAUAUAGACUCGCUGAGAAGAAGCAUGGAAAAAAUUGAGCCAGAGAAAAACUUUAACCAUGCUGUGAUGCAAGACCUGGACAGAGAAUCCUUGUCGUCAUUAAGUAGAAGCAUAGAAGAGAUUGAACAGAAUGAUAUCAGUAGUGUUGAUGACAGAGAGAUUCUGAGGGAACAGGAGAGUCCAGGGUCUAAUGUUGAAUCUGGGCCUCCUACCAACAGGUCUGUGUCAGACGUGACAAAUUCUAGAACCGGAGUCUCACAGCAUGCACCUGGUCACAACUUGAUACCAUACAAAACCAAACUGGCUGUUGAGAAACCUCCAGACUGUAAAUCAGUUCCUGAAGUGAAGAAGUGACCAAAUGAAAUCAAGACUGGGAAAGGAACUGGAAAUGUUUGUUUCGCUAUGCUGCAGCAAAUCCAACUUCCCAGUCAGAUAUGAUGUCCAAAUUUGUUUUAAAAAUACGGCGUGCUAGGGACAUACUUGGGCAAUAGCUCAUUUAGGAGGAAAAUCUUGACCACCAUGGGUCACCCAGUCCACAAAAUUGAUUCAGAUAGGAUUUUGGGUGCAGUAGUUCGUGCACAUUUUCUAAAUGCAAUAUCUCCUUUCCACCAUUCAGCUCAGAGCUAAAGCAGAGCCGGCUUGUUACUGACCGUCUCCACAGAAUCCCAGCAUGAUUUAUUGAUCAGAAAUUGUUUCUUCCUUUCAUCCCUUUAACCUUCCAAUCAGAUAUAACUUAUUUUUAUAUUAGUUAUCUAACCAAGGGUAUAUAUCAUGGCCAUCACCCACAAUUCAGAGAAGCAUAAAAAAAGAGAAGUUGAUGUACUCCAUACGGUGGAUUUUGAUAUGCCAAAUAUUACCUAUUCUUCAGUUUAUUCUUAAUAGUAAAUACAGACUUACUGUAUA